AUGUGUUGGUGAUAUACCCAAGAGCCCAUCAUCACAAUACGGUUUAAAGGCCCAAGUGGAUAUUAAUCCAAGUGGAAUUAGGGUUACUAAUGGGCCUAUGAGAUAGAAGCCCAUUAGUACGCCCUAUAUAUAUGAGGGAGGGGCUAGGGGGGCGAUGACCUGAGCCGCGCCACCUCCCUAGCCGCCGCCCCUCCCUCUCUCUCGGCCGCCGCCCUUGCCGUGCGUGCGGUGCUAGCACACCGACGUCCGGCGUUUCAUCCCCGUACGUGUGGACUCCGUGGAGGCGCUACUGCGACUGCUGCGCUGAUCGGCUGCUGGGAUCAAGUACGAGGAGCUCGGUUCGUGGGACGUGAUCGACUACUUCCUCUACAUCGACGCGCGACUUCUUCCGCUGCGCUGCGCGUCUAGUGGUAACGAUCUAUGAUCUUCUACUCGCAAGUAUCUUGGGUUUAUGCGGUAGUGAUGCUAGCGUAGCCUACCCGUUUCCCUACAGUGGUACCAGAGCCAUCUUGCGUAGUUUUUGGUCUGGAUCUUUUGCAUAUAGGUGAUAUGUUGUUGUAGUAGAUUGGAUCUAUUACUUUUGCACGGUUUGAUUAGAUCAAUUGGUCAUAAGGGGUUAAAACUGGAGCGAGUUGAUUGCGCGGCAUGUGACAAAAAAUUAGUUUGUGUUCUUUCUCUGUUAUGCAUACGACAUGUCCCUACCGGCUGGAAUCACCAUCGGGACUAACUGUGUGCAUAGUCAGCAGAUUGAACCAACAGAUCAAGGUCAUGUGUAGAUGCAGUCUUCUCAAGUGCAAAGUUUGCACGGUCAAGGUGAUUGACCUAGUGAAAAUUGAGGCAUUAUGAAUGGCUCGGAUUUGAGGUGAUGCGAUCACUCUGAUGAGAUUUUCAUAGGGAUUCCAUAGAUUUUCAUAGGGACCGCCGUUGCUUUCUCGCUGUAGCGGCUUCCCAAGCGCUACUUUGGUAGAACACGUCGUACGCCUAACUUGUUUUUGCAGGGUGUGAUGUGAAUGGUAUGGCCUCAAUGUCAUGUGAUGAUUUGUGCGACCUGCGUGUCGCAAGUUAACACAACCGGGUUGAGGUUGCACCAUUAUUGUAUAACGACCUGCGUGUCGACUUGUGAUGUUUGAAUCCUCAUGUAAUUAUUUCACUAGCUAUUAGAUGUAGUAGCUUAGUAUCGUUUCAUGGAGGUUUCAAUCAUGAUGGCGAUGAUGAUCAACACAAGACAGGACGGAUGGCAAUGGAGGUCACCUUGGAGCCAUGACGAUGGAGCCCAUUGUGAUGCAAGAGGCCAUACUAUUCACAAUAUAAUAUGAUUAUAUGCCUGUGAUGUUUAUUUUCCUGUCAUACUAUUCUUUCAUGCUUUUACAUAUGGUGGAUGCUUUAAUCAUGAUAGAAUAGCUUCCCUCAGAAAAGUUUGAGUUUUUGAUGCCUUUUACCAAUAGAUGCACCUAUAAAUUUUGAUCGUUGUGUGGUAGGUUUACCAAAGUAGAGUACCCUCAGCUAUCACUUUUGUAUAGGGUGGAUGUCGGACAUUCACAAGCAUAGUAUUGGUUUACUCAGCAAAGCUAUCAAAACAGUUUUGGGCUUUAAGGCAUAGGGUUGGGGCCGGGGCAUUGGAUGCCACCCAACAAACAAGAGUCGCAUAGAGAUGUGAUUAGUAAUUUGUUACUUACCUGUAUCACUACUUUUCUAGCCGUGAUGCUAAAGCUCACUAGAAUUUUAGUGAUUAUGGAUCUUGAACCACUAUAUGUCAUUAGAGGGAAGAUGACUUUGAUAUAGUAGGUUGUCUUUUGUUAAAUCAGUUAAUGAAAGUCUUUACAUAAACUUAGUGCUGAAAUCUUGCUUUACUUUAAUGUUGUAGAUCAUGUCUGCCAGUAACAAUUCCGCUUUCAAUUUGCGUUCUGUUCUUGAGAAAGAAAAGUUGAAUGGAACAAACUUUAUUGAUUGGUACCGCAACCUGAGAAUUGUUCUCAGGCAAGAGAAAAAGGAGUAUGUUCUUGAGCAGCCAUAUCCUGAUGAUCUCCCUGACAAUGCAACUGCUGCUGAUCGCAGAGCUUAUGAGAAGCACUGCAAUGACUCACUUGAUGUCAGCUGUCUGAUGCUCGCCACCAUGUCCCCUGAUCUGCAGAAGCAGUAUGAGCAUGCGGAUGCUCAUACCAUGAUCGAGGGGCUGCGUGGGAUGUUUCAGAACCAAGCCAGGACUGAGAGGUUCAAUAUCUCAAAGUCCUUGUUUGCGUGCAAGCUGGCAGAAGGUAGCCCAGUCAGUCCUCAUGUGAUCAAAAUGAUUGGUUACAUUGAGACUUUGGAUAGACUUGGUUCUGAACUUCACCAAGACUUGGCUACUGAUGUUAUUCUCCAGUCGCUCCCGGUGAGCUAUGAGCCUUUUAUCAUGAACUUUCAGAUGAAUGGCUUGGAUAAAACAUUGAGUGAGUUGCAUGGGAUGCUAAAAACAACAGAGGAGAGCAUUAAGAAGAAUCCGAAUCAUGUGAUGAUGAUUCAGAAGGGGAACAAAAAGAGGAAGCGUUGGACGCCUCCUAAUCCCAAAGGUAAAGGCAAGGAAAAGAGUUCCGGUGGUGAGUCUUCGGGCUCUAAGCUAAAGCCAGCACCUAAGGCCAAAUCUGGUCCUACUUCUGAAGAUGAAUGCUUCCACUGUCAUGAAAAGGGAUAUUGGUCUAGGAACUGCAAGAAGUACUUGGAAGAAAAGAAGAAGAAGAAGGGAAGUGAGACUUCCACUUCAGGGUCUAAGUGAGACUAGAAGAUUUGCAAGAGGCGAGUUGGACGUUCGGGUCGGCAAUGGCGCAAAGGUUGCGGUGUUGGCGGUCGGCACCUACCACUUGUCUCUACCCUCCGGAUUAGUUUUGGAAUUAAAUAAUUGUUAUUGCAUUCCUGCUUUGAGCAAGAACAUUAUUUCUUCUUCAUGUUUGGAAGAAGUUGGUGAUUUUAAGAUUGUAAUUGAGAACAAACAUUGUUCUAUCUUUUGCAAUGGUAUUUUUUAUGC